CGGCGCGCUUGUUUCUCUGGCGCAUAAGGUCUAUAGUCGGGGACAGAACACGAAAAACCGGGACUGUCCCCGGAAAACGGGGACGUCUGGUCACCCUAAUAUAGGGUAUAUCAGCAUCUUGAUAAGCAAAUAGCAUUUGGGCUGCUAUGCUCUGUGAACCUCUCAAAGGAAACAUUUACAUUUUAACAGUAAUUUACAGUCUUUUUUGCUUUGUUAAUGCUAUUGAAGUAUGAAGGCAGUAAGCUAUUCCUAAUUUAAAAUGAGUAAAAGUAUUUUUAAAUUCCAUUUACAUAUGUGGAUGAAGAGCUUUCUAUACAUGGAGAGUGCUGAGAGUGUUUGGGGCUUUUAUUUUGAAAUCCUCCUCACUGCAGGUUUGCGGAAGUUCUCGCUGGUGAUUGUAGACUGAAUACACACACACAUACACAUUCAUACACAUACACAUACACAGACGGUUCUGCGCUCAAAUUUGGCUAAGAAAUUACACACCAAACCAUCAUAUUCCAGGAAACACACCGUUAUUCGCUAGAAAAGGCCGCCGAAGGAGACCCAAAUAAGCUGGGCUCUCUGCUACCUGGUUGCCCUGGUAACGUGUUGCCAUGCCGUUCCCUUUCGGUAAGUCUCACAAGUGUCCUGCGGACAUUGUGAAGAAUCUAAAGGACAACAUGACCAUUCUAGAGAAGCAGGACAUUUCAGACAAGAAGGCUGAGAAGGCCUCUGAAGAGGUGUCUAAAUCUCUGUUGGCGAUGAAGGAGAUCCUCUACGGCACCAAUGAGAAGGAGCCGCAGACAGAAGCUGUGGCUCAGCUCGCUCAGGAGCUCUACAACAGCGGCCUGCUCAGCACCCUCGUCGCAGAUCUGCAGCUCAUUGACUUUGAGGGCAAGAAAGACGUGGCACAGAUCUUUAAUAAUAUUUUGAGGCGUCAGAUCGGCACACGGACACCCACUGUUGAAUACCUGUGCACUCAACAAAAUAUACUCUUCAUGCUGCUUAAAGGUUACGAGUCUCCAGACAUCGCUCUGAACUGCGGGAUCAUGCUGAGGGAAUGCAUACGGCAUGAGCCACUGGCAAAGAUCACCCUCUGCUCUGAGCAGUUCUACGAUUUCUUCAGAUACGUGGAGAUGUCCACCUUCGACAUCGCCUCGGAUGCAUUUGCCACUUUUAAAGAUUUGCUGACGAGACACAAACUGCUCAGUGCUGAGUUCCUGGAGCAGCACUAUGAUAGAUUCUUUAGUGAAUAUGAGAAACUGCUUCACUCGGAAAACUAUGUGACUAAGAGGCAGUCGCUAAAGCUUUUGGGAGAGCUGCUUUUGGACCGGCACAACUUCACUAUAAUGACGAAGUACAUAAGCAAACCUGAGAACCUCAAGCUCAUGAUGAACCUACUGAGAGACAAGAGCCGCAACAUCCAGUUUGAGGCCUUCCAUGUAUUCAAGGUGUUUGUGGCCAAUCCGAACAAGACCCAGCCCAUCCUCGACAUCCUGCUGAAGAACCAGACCAAACUCAUCGAGUUCCUCAGCAAGUUCCAGAACGACCGCGCAGAGGAUGAGCAGUUCAGUGACGAGAAGACCUAUCUAAUCAAACAGAUCCGAGACCUCAAGAGGCCAACCCCGCAGGAUGCUUGAGAAGGAUGACGAAUGUAUUAAAGUGCAUAGAGGAUGUCUAGACAGUGUUUUAGGCAACGUCUGGACGAUGUUUGGCUCUCUGGGACGUUGAGUGGCCGUAGCACUGGGCAUGUUUUUGUGUUUUGCAGGAACCGUUAAAUGCCGUUUGAGCUCGGCGGGGCGAGUAAUAUUGCGACGAGGAUGAAGAAGAAUCUUGCUUCGCUGGACAUACAACCUCUUCCCCUUACAAUGUUUUAUUCUCAUGUUUCACAAAACGAGCAAAAUGAACAGAAAGGAUGGAUGUAGAUGCUGCUGCUUUAUUGCACAUAAAGGAGGGUUUUGUACCUCAUACACAACCAUACACUCAAGUGAUGCUAAUUAGCCCAUGCAGAUUGAGUUUGCUAAUUGAAUAUUAGUGAAUACAAGGAAAUUUGACAUGCAAAAAGCACUUGACAUAUGCAGUAAUGCAUUCAAACACACUCCUGUCAACUCAUUUGCUCACUGUCACCUGGGUUAGUGGCAUAAAAGCUAGAAAUGUGAUGCGCAAGUCAUGUUUUGCACAAUUUGAGGUUGCGGAUCCUGGGUGAGUAAAUUUGUACAUACUGUAGGCUUUUUCAUCUUCCCUUUUUUGAUUUUGUAGACACCUCACAGCCUCUAACGGUUUAUGGUUGCUAUCAGAUUCAUUUUGAAAGACAGUUGGUUGUGGCUGUGCUGUUAAUUCUGAUUUAACUUUGCCAUUGUUCGCUCAUUAUUAGUCACUGCCUUGAGUGGGAUGCAAAGGAAAGUUAUCUUGUAAAAUCUGAAUGAUUUCUGUGGUUGUGACCUUAAGAUUUAUGACCUGCUUAGUCUAGUUUUCAGUAUAACUAACCCCAAUGGCAUAGUAUAUCUAGUACUCAUACCUUUUAGACAGUUUAGUUUUGUGUUAACUUGGUUAAUUUGGUAAGUAAAUGAGUGAAUCUCAAAAAAAAAAGAGUCACAUUUCACCUCAAAAUCAAAAGGAAAAUAUGUUGAGACUUUCCUGUUACUAUAAAGCAUCUGGUCUUAAUUCGUUGUUUUAUUUUAUUUUUUGUAAUUUUCAUAAUUGUCAAUAGUAAUUUUCAUUAAAUUCCCAAUAUUGUAACACAGAUAUGAAGUUUUUUUUAUUAUUAUUAUUUUUUUUUUUUACUGAAAAUUGAUUUUAUUUAAAUAGUGUUUACAACCAAUUUGACAGUAAUAAAUUUUUUAUAUAAGAUUUGCCUAGUUAAUUAUGACAAUUAUAUAUAAUUGUCAUUAAUAAUUGGACAAAUCUUUAUAUAUAUAUAUAUAUAUAUGUGUGUGUAUAUAUGUGUAUGAGAAAUAUUUACGUGUGUGUGUGUGUGUGUAUAUAUAUAUAUAUAUAUAUAUAUAUAACACACACAUAUAUACAUACACACAUAUACAUAAUUGUCAUGACUAAUUGGACAACUAUUUAAAUAGUUAAAAAAUUUAAAUAGUCCUAUAACCAUACACAAACUAUAAUUUCCUAUUUCUUGCUUUUGAAAGUGAAAUGUGACCUGGACAAGUUCUUUACUGGUUUUGUGUAAUUUGACUAAAUACACCAGCUCAGAUACUGUAUCUCUUUCCUUUCUGUAGGUUUUUAGUUUGGGAAAAAUUUACGAGUCCAAUGUAAUAUUAUUAGCAGCAGACUAAUCUAAAAUGGUUGGAUGUAGGGGAGCCGCUCAAGCCCAUAUUAGCACCUAAUUGUGGCUGCUGAGAGAAAAGGCAAUGUGAGCACCCAUGCCUUUUAUGAAUGUUUUAAUAUAGGUUUGUUUUAAGAACAGUGCAGUGGUUGAUGGGGGUUGUCAUUUAAUUCUUUAAAGUUGGUGCAAGUCUGCAAAACCACACAAACCUGAAAGUGAUUUGGAAGGUUUUGGUUGAUCAUUUUCAAGUUAUGACUGCUUUUACUCACAAGACAGCCACAAUCACCUGCCAUAAACCCUUAAUUUUUCCAUUAAGCAAAUGCAACUGUAAUUCAUAAUGGUAACUCUUACUCAUUUUCAAUGCAGAACUUUGCCGAACUCCCAUUAAAACAUGUUCUGCUGAAUGUUUACAGUACUUGUAAGAAAAACAGGGAUUGACAUGUCUAUAACAGUAUUUUAUUUUAGUGGAAAAUACAAUAAGUAGCUUAAAGAUGUACAUUUUUCAUAUUUCAGUCUCAGCAUAUCCUGUUUAAAUGGUGACUGGCAACUCACCAUACUUUCUGGUUUAGUCUGCAUCUGUGAUUCAGGUCAGACUAGACUCUUUCCUUGGUUGGCACAAGUAACAACAGCCAAUCACAGUCGUCUUGUAAGCCUAACAUCAUAAUGGCCCAGAGCAUUAAGAAUUCUGAGAAUUAGUAAACUUAUCUUGCAUAUCAGUGCAUGUUUCUAUUUUGCAGCCUUAGAUUAAGCAUGGGCAUCUAACGGACAAGCUGUAAACUUCUUGGCCUGCUGUCUGUUUAAUUAAACAGUCCAAUCUAACCUAUAUUGUUCUAGCUCGAGUAAUAAGACUUGGGCACAGAAACGUGGAGUUUCAUCUUAAAUGUCAAUCCAUAGACAGACUAACAGUUGGAAAUAAAGUUUGGAAUAAAAUA